AUCACCGUGUAUUUAGCCAACACAACUAGUUAGUUCGACUCCGACCUUUGCAGAGUUGACGUUGUUCGGGUCGAGUGAUAGUUUUCGACCUUUGGAAGUGCAAGACGCACCGUGCGAAUCGUAAAUUUAAUUACAACGAUAAAUCAAUUACGUUGAUUCGAUAUCACAGCCAAAAAUGGUUCUGAAAAUCUCUAACAAUGCCGAUCUCAAGGCAAAGCUGGCUGAAGCCGGAAGCACGUUAGUCGUGAUCGACUUCUUCGCCACUUGGUGCGGACCUUGCAAAAUGAUCGGGCCAAAGCUCGAAGAAUUAUCGCAGGAACUCAAGGAUAUAAUCAUCCUCAAGGUUGACGUCGACGAAUGUGAAGAUAUUGCAUUUGAAUAUGAAAUAUCUAGCAUGCCCACCUUCGUUUUCAUCAAGAAUGGAGCUGUGGUAAAAUCGUUCGCCGGUGCCAACUUCGACAAAUUGAAAGCCACCAUCCAGGAACUCAAAGAAGGAACAGAAACAGAAAAAGAACAAGAGAAAGAGACAGUAACAGAAACAGAAACAGAAUCGAAUCUUGAGUAACUUGGCGUAGACAGAAAAAAAGUAAAAUGCCACACGGAUGGAAAGAAAAGAUGCUAAUCACUGAAAAAUAACUUUUACCGAUGUCAUCGACUAAACGCAGGGGCACCUUUUCCGCUUUUGUCGGCAAUGAGGUGCACGAAGAGAAUUUAUUCAAGCCAAAUUCAGCCUUUAGAAAAUAUCCAACCGCUUUGGGAUUUGCAAAAGACAAAAAACAAAAAUAAGCCGAUUGAUUCUUCUAUUCUACGGAUGUAUUCAACGAUACUUCCAGAUUAUAGUAUACAAAUAAACGAUGUAUUGUACAACAACGAUUUACGCCAUUUGUAGAUCGUGACAAAAAAAAAACCACACACAAUCGUCAUCAACUUUCGAAUUAUUGAAUAAAGUGUGGGCGUUACAAAA